AUGGCAUCGAUGCCUCAGAGGCCCGACAGGCCACCUGCUCCAUGUCCCUCCUGGGUCUUUUCCAACAACUCGGACACCCAUACUGCCAAAGAUCGCUGUUGGUUCGGUACAGACUAUAUCCCCUUCAGGUCCUAUGUCACGGAUAUAGCUGGGGGCUCGGUCGAAGUCAUUGGGAUGGGAACUGUCAAUCUCGCCACCAUAAACUCACCAACCCAGAACGGUCUGAGCUCGCAUGGCUCCCUCCUCUUGAAGAACGUGCUGCAUACCCCUGCAAUGCUCUGCAACAUCAUCGGAAGGCCCGUAAUGGACGACUACACUGUCAUAUGCGACCGCACUGCCUCAGAUAACGCCGGUUUUAUUGUCAAGAACACUGAUGGUUGUAUCAUGGCAUAUUUCAAGCCCAUGAGUCAAGGCCCCAAGUUGUACCAAGUCCAACUUGGUGAGCCUCCACUAGGCCAUGAGUUUGGGAUUUCACCUUUGUGCCCUAAUGGGCUCUACAUGAUUCACGCCUUCUGGUUCCAGCGUGAGCGACAGAGAUUUGAAAUCUUGAAAGCCUCCGGUCUGACUCGGGCCUCAGGCGUAGAGCCACUGACAGAGGCCGAAACAGGUUGGUUCCGGAGGAAUCGCAUGUCUGAAAAGGCAAUUAGAGUUGCCUACGGGUUAAAUUCCAACAGGAGGGAGCAUCAAGAGGAAGGCCGUGCCAUCAUGCGAAUUCUCAAGUCCCAUGCCGAAAAUGAACCGAAAAUCGGACCCCAGAAGAACCCGCAUGAUUGUUGA